GAGCUUCUGAUCUUCAUCGUUCAGGUUGUACUCAAGCCGGUACUGUACUGAGAUCAGAGCUGCUUUACACAUGAUGAUCCGGCUGUGUGUGAGUUGGCUGGUUUUGCUGUUGGGAGUUCAGCUUGUUUUGGCUCAGCUGGACGAUCUCGAUGAUGAUGAUGAUGAUGAUGCUGAUGAUGUAGCAGACAAGAGAAAUGGAAGAAACAAAAAUAAACCAAUCACCUCAAAUGUCAUCCCAAAAAACAACGAUGAGGACUGUAAUUUGGAACUGGCAUUUUUGGUGGACAGUUCAGAAAGUGCCAAAGGCAACCAUGCCCAAGAGAAGCGCUUCGUUACAGAUCUCGUUACCCGGAUCCAGAACAUCAAUCUCCAAACCGGACAGGGCUUGAACUUCAGAACUGCUCUCCUUCAGUACAGCAGUCAUGUGAUCACCGAGCAGACCUUCAAAGAUUGGAGAGGUGUGGCCACCUUCCAUGACCGCAUUGCGCCCAUUUCCUACAUAGGGCACGGUACCUACACUACCUACGCCAUCACCAACCUCACCCGCAUCUACCUGGAGGAGUCUGGCCCUGGCACCGUGAAGGUGGCCAUUCUGCUGUACGACGGCGUGUCGCAUCCCAAGAAUCCCGAUAUUUUCUCUGCUUUAGCUGAUGCCAAGAACCAAGGGAUUAAAUUCUUCACAGUAGGUUUCACAUCCGCUGCCAACGUGGAACAGCUGCGACUACUGGCCAGCCCUCCAGCCGCCCGCUACGUACACAACCUACAGGACAAGAGCGUCGUGGACAAGAUCCUCAAAGAGAUUACUGGGGUAGCUAAUGAAGUGUGUCCUCUUUCCCCAAAAUGCACUUGUGAGAAAGGAGAUCGAGGACCCAGUGGACCCGCUGGUAAAAAGGGUCGUCCUGGAGACGAUGGAAGUCCAGGAGCUAAAGGACAAAAGGGAGAGGGCGGUUUCAGUGGAUCUCCUGGACGAGACGGGACAGAGGGGAAACCCGGAUACAAAGGAGAAAAGGGAGAGCGAGGAGAGUGUGGAACACCAGGAGUCAAAGGAGACCGAGGUCCGGACGGUCCUGUUGGUAUCAGAGGAAGUCGAGGGCUGCAGGGUUCGCCCGGACCUAAUGGAGACAUUGGACCAGAGGGCCUAACGGGCAAAAAGGGGGAGAGAGGCUUUCCUGGACCACCAGGAAUACAGGGCGAGACUGGCACUGGGCUUCCUGGACCAAAGGGUGAUGUGGGGUUCCAAGGCAGAAUGGGUCCUCCCGGGCCUCCUGGGCUCGGCGAGCCGGGUCUACCGGGGCCACAGGGGUCGCAGGGUUUGCCUGGAGAGAAGGGCCCUACAGGAGAGGGUUUACCGGGGCCAAAGGGUGAGAGGGGUCUGGAGGGGCCGAAAGGACCCAGGGGACCAAUAGGUCCUGGCAUUAAAGGAGACAAGGGUGAUUUUGGUCCUCCUGGGCUUCAAGGUCCAGUUGGGCUUCCUGGAGAAGGCAUCCAAGGACAGAAGGGUGUGGAAGGACCACGUGGACCCCCGGGAAGCAGAGGCCCAUCGGGUGAGGGCUACCCGGGAUCGAAGGGUGACCAAGGUUUACCAGGUGAGAGUGGCGCACCAGGAGAGAGAGGAGCAGGAGAAUCGGGAGCUAAAGGGGAACCUGGAGCUCCAGGGUUUUCAGGAUUACCAGGAUUACCUGGGGAAGAUGGAGCUCCAGGACAGAAGGGAGAACCAGGAGCCUCUGGGUCGAGGGGCCCUGAAGGAGCCGCAGGAGUGGGCAUCCAGGGUGAAAAAGGUGAUCAGGGUCAGCGGGGGGUCCGUGGGUUAGCAGGGCCAUCAGGAAUAGCUGGACCCUCAGGGUCAAAGGGAGAGCCUGGCACCCCUGGGCGACUGGGUUUACCUGGACUACCGGGACGUGCAAUACCAGGACCAAAAGGUGACUCAGGCCCAUCAGGUCCACCCGGGUUAGUAGGAGAGACAGGAUAUGGACUUCCUGGACCAAAGGGUGAUCGUGGUGACCCUGGUCCUCUUGGUCUCAGCGGCCCUAAAGGCGACGGCUAUCCUGGACCCUCAGGGCCUCCCGGUCUUCCUGGUCUUCCAGGAGAACAUGGUCAAGAGGGCAUCGGGAUACCAGGACCAAAGGGUGAUGUCGGCUUCAGAGGUUUACCGGGCCAACCUGGACCUCCAGGGGAAGGACUGCAAGGACCACCUGGCAACAUGGGAAGACCAGGACCUCCUGGGCCAACUGGGCCACCAGGACAAGGCAUACAGGGUCCAAAAGGAGAUCAGGGGUCGCAGGGUGUAACCGGGCCAAGGGGACCUCUUGGAGAAGGAAUGCCGGGGUCAAAGGGGGAUCGUGGAGCUCAGGGUGAGAGAGGGAUGAAGGGAGUUAAAGGUGACAUGGGAGAUUCUGGCGUUCCUGGACAAACAGGUAGACCAGGAAUCAAAGGAGACUCUGGGCUAACGAGGGACGACAUCAUCAGAAUGAUCAGGGAGAUUUGUGGCUGUGGAGUCAAAUGUAAAGAGCGUCCUAUGGAGCUGGUGUUUGUGAUUGACAGCUCUGAGAGCGUUGGGCCUGAAAACUUUGAGAUCAUAAAGGACUUUGUGGCCGCACUAGUGGACAGACUCACCGUGGGACGUAAUGCCACUCGAGUUGGCCUCGUUUGUUACAGCCUUGAGGUCCAGCUUGAGUUCAACCUCGCUCGCUACAUGACCAAACAAGAUGUUAAACAAGCCAUACGCAGGGUUCCCUACAUGGGCGAGGGCACGUACACCGGCUCUGCCAUCCGCAAAGCAACUCACGAAGCGUUUUACAGCGCGAGGACGGGUGUGAGGAAGGUUGCCAUUGUCAUCACUGACGGGCAGACAGAUAAACGUGAGCCUGUGAAGCUGGAGAUCGCUGUUAGAGAGGCGCACGCAGCCAACAUCGAGAUGUACGCGCUGGGGAUUGUUAACAUUAGUGAUCCGACACAGGAAGAGUUUCUCCAGGAGCUUAAUCUCAUUGCGUCGGACCCUGACACUGAGCACAUGUACUACAUAGACGACUUCAACACCCUGCCAGCUCUGGAGUCCAAACUAGUCAAUCAGCUCUGUGAGGAUGAGAACGGAGCACUCAUCUUCAGUCGCAUUAAUGGUUUUGAAAACGGAUAUGGAAUUAAUGGCAACCGCAUCAAUGGGAACGGCGGGUAUAAUUCUGGCACCAACAUAAAUGAAGGCAACAGAGAGAACAAGGGAUCACAAUCUGGGAUGAACACUGUUACUCAAGAGCGCGGGAAGGGAGAAACGUUUGCUCUAACAUUUGGUCCAGACAUUAAUGAGGAGGCUGAGCGUGUAACUGAGACACCAAACACUUCAGAGCAGAGCAGCGGUAGAGGAGAUACUCCAACAAUUACUGGGACAUCCACAAAUAUCAGACCUUCAUCAGGGACAUCAUCAUCAUCAACAACUGUGAACUCGUCAUCAUCCUCAGUGCUGUAUAUACCAGCGCCACGACCACCGUUACCUAGAGAGUUUGUGUCUCUGGACCCCCGUUGUGAGCUGCUCCUGGAUCAGGGCCCUUGUCGGGACUAUAACAUCCGAUGGUACUACGACCGGCAGGCCAACGCCUGCGCACAGUUCUGGUAUGGAGGCUGUGAUGGGAACCGGAACCGCUUUGACACAGAAGAAGAGUGCAAGAGGACAUGUGUGGUCGUGAGAGCAGGAGGCUGAUAUCAACUGUGGAGACAUUUUCCUUUGUCUGUAAUUCCUCACGACGGACCUGCACUGAAAAACCCAAAGCAUAAACAUGUUGUAGGAAAGAACAUUUAUUAAGGGACAUUGUUAUGCAACAGUAGCUCAUCGAGAAAGCGUAUCAUUUCAUAUCACAACCAGCAGAACUGUGAAUUUGCAAUAUUGUACACUGUUAUAGUUAAACAACAUUAAUUGAAUUGGCAUUUACGUAAUAAAUGAAAUGUGUUCUUGAUUU